GCCGUUAAAGCGGAAGCGUUUCGACACGUUAUCAAAUCAAGUUUUAGGAGUUGCUCAGCUGUUUGCGAAUAAAGAGACAAAGUUUGGACAACUUGUGUUGCCAGGUCUUAUUUCUCUGUCCGGGUUUAGCUCCGUAAAGCCGAACCUGUUGCCGUAGCAGCACCGUGUUCAGUGUUUUAGUCAUGGACUGGAUUGGCUUCGGCUAUGCUCUGUUUGUGUCAGCAGGAGGAGUCAUAGGUUAUGCUAAAGCAGGCAGCGUCACUUCGCUGGUCGCCGGUCUCCUGUUCGGCCUGUCGGCUGCUGUCGGCGCUUAUCUGGCAUCUCAGAAUCCCAGGAAUGUGUGGCUUUCGCUGGGCACCGCGGGAACCUUGGCUGUAGUGAUGGGUCUGAGAUUUCUGAGCUCCUGGAAGGUCAUGCCAGCUGGUUUGAUGACUUUGGCGAGUUUGCUGAUGCUGACCAAGAUCAUCGUUGGAAUGCUAAAGUCGAGACCACACAAACCUUGAACUGUCAUUUAAACGUUGAAUACAUCCAUAUACGAAAGUUUUACAAAAUGCUUGUUUUCUUUGUUUAUAAAACGUUUUGUUUGGUGAUAAUCCUGUUAAAAUAAAAAAUAAAAAAAUCAACUUAAGUAUAAAA